CGUGCGGGCGUGGGCGGGAGUUGCGUAGCGCUUUCUCCCCGGCUGUAGACGCAGCGAUGGCCGAGGGGAUCCUGAUCGGGGGGAAGCGCUACUCCGGAGUGAGGCUGACCCUCGAUAACUGCCUGCUUCCCGGGGAGCUGCUCUCUCAAACCCCGUCCGCGGCUCACGGCCUGCGGCCCGACAGCGAGGCAGAGCUCCGGCGGGAGGGCUGCGAGCUGAUCCAGGCCGCGGGGAUCCUGCUCAGACUGCCGCAGGUUGCCAUGGCCACCGGGCAGAUCCUGUUCCAGAGAUUCUUUUACUGCAAAUCAUUCGUGAAGCACUCCAUGGAGUACAUCGGCAUGGCCUGCCUGCACCUCGCCUCGAAGAUUGAGGAGGAGCCGCGGAGAGUGCGGGACGUCCUGAACGUGUUCCACCGGCUGCGACAGAUCAAGCAGCGCCGUAAGCUGUUUCCUCUGCCUCUGGAUGCGAGUUACAUCUGCCUGAAGAAUCAGGUGAUCAAAGCAGAGCGUCGUGUCCUCAAGGAGCUUGGCUUCUGUGUGCACGUCAAGCACCCGCACAAGAUCAUUGUGAUGUACAUUCAGGUGCUGGAGCUCGAAAAGAACAAGAGCCUGGUGCAGACAGCCUGGAACUAUAUGAAUGACAGCUUGCGUACGGACGUGUUUCUGCGCUUCUCCCCCGAGGGCAUCGCCUGCGCGUGUGUGUACCUGGCAGCGCGGGCCCUGCAGAUCCCAUUGCCCAACCGACCGCACUGGUUCCUGCUGUUUGGAGUGGAAGAGGCGGGGAUCCGGGAGGUCUGCCAGAGGAUACUGCAGCUGUACCUACCCCGCAAGACUCCUCUCUCCUCUCUGGAGCUGCUGGUGCAGCAGUGCAGGCUGGCCCUGGACGAGGCACGGACGCAGACCAAGAGGCUGCUCCCCAACGGGACCCCCAAACUGGAGACCCCCGCGGGCUUCUCCCCCGCAUCCAAGACCGGCUCCCCGGUGGAUGGGAAGGGUCAGCGCCGGUCUCCUCUCUCUCUCCACGCUGUGAAGAAUCUCCGUCGCCGGCUGGACGCGGAGGAGAGGCGAGCGAGAUCACGCAGCCCCGUCGUCAGGAAGGGCCGAGGUCACAGUGCUCAGCGCAGCUACACUCGCCCCAGCUCUCCUGCACUGAGCCCGAAGCGCAGGAGAAGCCGCAGCGUGUGCUCCUCCGCCCCGCCUCGCUCCCGCAGCGCCUCCUCUUCCAGACGCAGGGGGCGCGGCAGGGCGGGGGGCUCCCGCAGCUCCUCCCCCUCCCGCAGCGACUCCCCCCCGCCCCCGAGACCCCCCCGGAGAGAGCGGCGGUGCGGCCGCUCCCCGUGCACAGAGGGGCCCCCGCGGUCCCGGGCUCACAGGGAGAGGGCCACAGCGCGGAGACGGUAGUGCGGGAGAGAGCCCUGGAACCAUUCCUCAACAGACUGGUCCCCGGAUCACUGCAGCGCUGCACAGGGGACCCGGGGCCA